CGAAUUAUUAUUCGACGUCACGGAUAUGUGAGAGGGGUAAUAACGUAAUUUCCGUGGGGCUUUGGAGUUAUCAGAUGUUUGGUCGUUCUGUCACCUGUGGUCGUGCGCGUUUCUCUUAGCAUAAUACAGACUGUACGGGAAAGUAAAUUGCAGAGUUUUGGACCCAGUGGAAAACAUGGCGACUUCUCCGAGCCCGUUCAGCCAGAGCUCGUCUUCGCCGUCCUCCAGCAACUCGCCGCCGCACCUGGAGAACGGGACGGGGCUCCUCAGCAUCCAGCCCCCGUACAACGGCUUCGGAGACCACGGUAUCGGCAAGUCCUCGGAGAACGGUCACUCCUUGAACGUGCUGAACGGCCAGAGCGGUACGAAUGGUCUGGGAAACGGUCACUCGACCUUCCCGUACCCGGGGUCCUGGGCUAGACUGUCAGAAACUUCGCCCUCCCCGCCCUGGUUCACGGGCCUGCACCCACAGGAGCUCAACGGUAAGAUCAACGGCAGAGAAAACGGGGAGAACCACCCGGUUAGUCUGCACAGAGGCUACCCUCCCCCUCCGGGCGGCUCGCUGUCUACCACCGUACCGUCCAGCUUCAUCCCCCCGAUAACUACGGCAGGGACCCCGGCGGGCUUCGCCUUCCCGCACGCCGCUUACACCGGCAUGGUCAACGGCCACGGCGGCCUCAACGGCAUCUUCACCUCCGCCACCCAGCCUCCUCUCGUACAGAUCCCCAACGGCUCUGAGCAUCGGAGCAACGGCAGCGCCGGCUCGGGCGGGUCGACGAGCACGGAGGGGGACGACGACAGGGAGCCGGCCGCGGAGGGAGAGGAGUCCCCCACCGCCGACGAGCUCGAACAAUUCGCCAUGGUUUUCAAACAGCGGAGAAUCAAGCUCGGCUUCACCCAGGCCGACGUCGGCCUAGCCCUGGGGACGAUCCACGGAAACGUGCUCAGUCAGACGACCAUCUGUCGGUUCGAGGCCCUGCAGCUCAGCUUCAAGAACAUGUGCAAGCUGAAACCGCUGCUACAGAAGUGGCUGGAGACGGCAGACUCCAACAUGAGCCCCGGCUCCCUGCCCAAGGACGAGGGACUAGGAGGGGAGGUCAUCACGCCAGGCAGAAAGCGCAAGAAACGCACGAGUAUCGAAGUGUCAGUGAAAGGUGCCUUGGAAACUUUCUUCUACAAACAGCCCAAGCCGUCUGCUGUCGAGAUUAGCCAACUUUCCGAAGGACUCAACCUGGACAAAGAGGUUGUACGUGUGUGGUUCUGCAACCGCCGUCAGAAGGAACGGCGCAUGUCGCCGUACCACGCCGUCAACGGGAUGAACGGCCACAUGAACGGGCACGUCAACGGUCAUGCCAACGGCCACGUCAACGGCAACGGACUGAUGACCAACGGCCACGGCAUGUACAACGGCGGCGGCGACGACAUCGACAUCCACCGAGGAGCGCCCUCGCCCAUCCCGCACCAUCUGGCCCAUAACGGUCAUCACCACCACCACGCCAUGAUGCCUGCUCACAGUCCCGCUGCCAUCUCCUCGCAGUAACAGUAAGAGAGCCACCCCUGAGGCGUCGCCAAAAAGCUGUUUCAACUUUGUAAAGGGUUGUGCCUAUUGCAAAGGGUUGCAAAUGGCUGCAACAUUCCUAUUUUUCGUACCAUUUCGAGUGCGCGCCACGUUCUGGACUGUCAACGCUGGCCGCAAGAUGUAACUAACACUAGCCAUGUUUUAUUUUUGUACAUUCUUCACCUUCCCAGUGGUAUACCUUUUUUGUUGAUAUGUUUUUCUUUAUGACGUCUGUACAUUCUAACAGUCAAAUAACUGGAUAUUGUUUCUCUGGAAAAUAGAGAUUUUGUAACGGCUAGAUUGUUUUCUUUCGCCUCGUUACUAGUAUGUGAAAUCAAGGAGGUAAACCUCCUUGGGGAAAUGACGUAAACUUUGUGAUCCUCUAAUUUCAGAAUUGAGGCCAAAAGUUAAGUAUUGUAUUGCAGAGCACUUUACCUUGUACAUUUUGGGUGUCGGGUAGUACUUAGUUGAUAUCGAUAUUCUAAUGGCAGCUAUGUUUUAAUUUAUGGUUGGAAACGUGUGGCAACGCCACUUCUCUAGUUUUUGUCAAUACUUUGUGUUACGGACAAGGGUUCAGAUUCGCAAUUGUAUUCACUUGAAAGGUGUAUAGCAGAUAAAAUGUUCAUAACAGUCACGAAAUGUUUUACCAGUUUACGCCCUAAAAAGAGAAAGGGAAUAAUUUCGCCACUGAUUAAACCCAAUUUGGAAAUUUUGAAUGGCAACCAAAACAAACUCAGUGUCCCUGGCGCCACAAAUUGGCUUAUUUUUCUUAAUCUGAGACAUCUGCCAUUCUUCGCUUCUUUUGCCAGGUUUGGUAGACAACUUGGCAAACGACUUUUGUUGUUGUUGUCUGACUAUCAGAUAGUUGGUAAGAAAAACAAGUGCCUGACCGUAACAACCUGAAAUCUGUUUUGUUUGUAAGGAAUUCUUUGUCACAGAAAACAUUCCUUUUUGGAUAUCCCCCUUCCAAAACACGAGAAAGUGUGCAUUUCCAUGAGAAAUCCCCGAAAUUCCAAACAGAUGUAAACAUUCCUUUGUUACGGAAAACAUAGUCACACGUUUCCAUGUGCAAUUCCACGUCCUAUUGUGCAAUAGUUUGAAUAUGCAUAUCCCCUACUCCCCACAACAUCUGUGGGUACGGUUGUGCUAGUCUAGCUUUUCUUCGUUUUGUGAAACUAGUCAAGACCAUUCGCUGCUCACAUUCUGACCACUAUUGAUUUAUCUAUGUUGUCCACAUACUUGUGUUUACGUGAUCCUGAUAUGUUUUUGUACUUUCUUUUUCUAGAAGUAGACUUUAGGAAAGUAGAUAUCCUACGACUAGCUAGUUACGAAAUACUUGAGAAAAGAAGUCCAAACGAUAUGUUGCAUCCACGAUUGUGUUGGGCAUUGUUUGUUGCAAAAAGGAUAAGUCUAUGCAAAAAAAGCUUUUGUAAUAUUGUGAGUUUGCUGCUGUAUUUACUGAUUCAAAAGAAGAGAGUUGUGCCAAAAAAAGAGAGAGCCUCGACUUUUCCGAGAGUGCCAUGUUUUGGAGGGACAGUUUUUUUAGUAACCAUAUCAUAAAACAGAAGGUCUAUUCCACACGUAGUGUGGGGUAUAUUUUAUACACCGUCUCUGAGACUAAGAAUAAACAACCUUGUCCUGAGGAAA